AUGUAGAACAAUAUUGAUAAUUAAUAACCAUCAAGGAGUUAGGAGUAAAUACAAAGGAGCAAUAUCAAUAUUGAAGUUGAAAAUCCCUUAAGUUGCAUUUAGACAAAAGUUGUGAGACUUAGCUAGAAAUAGGUGAUAAACAACUCUGAUUCGAAUAAUUAAAACCGAACAUGUAACAAUAAUCAUGAAUAGCCAUUUAUAAAAAUAAACUCUCAAGACAACCAAUUAACAAUGUAAAGUCAAGAGAUUCCAAGUGAAAACGUGAAUAUUUAGCUUGAUGGUUAUGACAUAAAUAAUAAAUAAAAGAAUAAUAGCCAAAAAAAUAUAGAUUAACAAGAGUAAAAUGAAAAUAUAAAAAACAGCAAAGAGAUCUAGCUUGUAGAAGUAAAAGAAAUUAGCCAAAACAAACUUCAAAAAGGUGAUAUAGAAUAAUAACUUUAAGGUAAAAAUGAAAGCAGAAAUUAAGAAGAAGAGUAAUAAAUAUGCAGAAUUUGCUUGGAUGGACAGAUAGAUUAAUGCUCUGAAACAGAACUUCUAAAUGUUUGCGAGUGUAAAGGUUCCUUAUAGUACAUCCAUAAAAAUUGCCUUUGGUUGCAGCUUUCUAGUAAAGUUAAAUUAGAUGAAUUUGAAAGAAACAAACAGUAAUUUAUAUGUGAAUUGUGCAAGAAUCCUUAUAGAAUUAACGUUGGAUUUGAUUGA